AAAUGGUGUCACAGUUAGUAUUUUCUUUACAGCAGUUUCGCUUCAAUCCCAAGUAUAAUACAGAUUUUUAAAAUCUUCUUCAUAAUUAAGUCAAAAUAAUUUGCAAAUAUUUUCAGCUGAAUCCCACCGUUUUCAAGUCCCCGUCAAUUCUUUCGUUUUCCCCUUCAGUCAAGUUCAGUCUUUGUCUCACUCUCUUUAUUGGUUCUUUUGGAUUUGGAAUAGGAAUUUAGGUAGAUCGGCUUCUUGUUGGCCCUCUUUCAAUUUGCAGUUCUAAAAUAAUAAUCCCACAAAAAAAGUUGAGGGAGUUGGAAAAAUAAUGGCGCAAGAGAAAGAUGCCACCUCGAUACCGCUCAGUCAAAGCGUUGAUGAAGAAGAUCCCGAAAACCCCGUCAAAUCUCCCCCAAAUUCUUCCAAUUCUUCCACCCGUAAGGCCUGCUGUUUCUUUCUUCAAAGUUGGGUCUCAAAGAAGUUUAUGACUGGAUGUGUCGUUCUCUUCCCUGUUGCGGUUACGUUCUUUGUAACCUGGUGGUUUAUUGAAUUUGUCGAUGGCUUUUUCAGUCCCUUGUAUGAGCAUUUGGGCAUUGACAUUUUUGGACUUGGAUUUAUCACAUCCUUAGUUUUUGUGUUCCUUGUUGGCGUGUUUGCAUCUUCAUGGCUGGGGGCGACUGUUUUCUGGAUUGGAGAAUGGAUUAUAAGGCGAAUGCCAUUUAUGAGGCAUAUUUACUCAGCUUCCAAGCAAAUCAGUUCUGCGGUUUCCCCUGAUCAAAAUACAACUGCUUUUAAAGAAGUGGCGAUCAUACGACACCCUCGUGUGGGUGAAUACGCCUUUGGAUUUAUCACUUCAACUGUCAUUCUUCAGAGAGAUGAUGGAGAUGAAGAGUUGUGCAGUGUAUUUGUUCCAACAAACCACUUGUACAUAGGUGAUGUACUCUUAGUUAACUCCAAUGAUGUAAUACGGCCAAAUCUAUCAAUCCGUGAAGGCAUAGAAAUCAUCGUUUCUGGAGGCAUGACAAUGCCACAAAGGAUAUCUCCGGCAGAGCGCAGACCGAAUGAAAGGAUUCCGAUGAACAGAAUUGUGUAAUAAUAUAGUCAAAGAGUGACUUUGUAGCAGCACAUGUAUCAGUAAUUCUUUGAUUCAUAGCGGUUCUAUAUUUUAAGGUUGAUGGAAAGACAAGAAAGUUCACUAAAUUUAGAAAGGCCAUCAUAUCGAGAAUUAUUGUAUGAAUGUGGUUAUCUUCACUACUCAUUAGCUUACUUCGUUAUGUAAUUGCGUUAGUAUCAUAAUUUGUUUAUGUGGGUUUUCGUACCUUUGAACCCAAAUCACAUUAGUUAUUGAAAAUUGAUACGCCAACGAUAUUUUCAAGCGAGAUUCAUGUAUCUAACGUGGACUACUGAGGUGUUACCACUGUUGUUGACGGUAGACACCCUGCAAUAUGC